AUGGUUUGGAUUUGGUUCAUACUUUCACUUGUUCUAGUUUUUCUCCUCCAACCAUGGAAAAACAAGAAGAACAAAAAAUUGCCUCCAGGUCCAAGAGGGUUUCCCAUUUUCGGAAGCCUCCAUCUCUUAGGGGAAUUUCCUCACCGUGAUCUCCAUCAACUAGCUAAACACUACGGCCCCAUCAUGCAUUUACGCUUAGGUCUUGUCCCCACCACUGUUGUUUCUUCUCCUCAAGCCUUCGAGCUCUUCCUCAAAACCCAUGACCUAGUUUUCGCAACCCGGCCAUCCCAUGAAGCAGCAAAGCACAUCUCUUACGACCAAAAGAACUUGACGUUCGCCAAGUAUGGCUCCUACUGGCGAGCCAUUCGAAAGAUGUGCACUCUGGAACUUCUCAGCAGCCUCAAGAUCAACUCAUUCAGAGACAUGAGGAAGGAAGAGCUAGGCCUAUUUAUCGAGUUUGUUCGAGAGGCGGCCAGAGAUCAGGUUGCUGUUGAUCUUAGCGCCAAGAUUUCGUCCCUUAGUGCAGAUAUGAGUUGUAGGAUGGUGUUUGGAAAGAAGUAUUUGGACAGUGAGUUCGAUGAGAGAGGUUUCAAGGCUGUAAUUCAAGAGGGUAUGCAUUUGGCAGCCGUGCCAAACUUGGGAGAUUAUAUUCCUCAGAUUGCUCGGUUUGAUUUUCAGGGAUUGACUAAGAAAAUGAAGGCUGUUAGUAAAGUUUUUGAUGAUUUCUUUGAGAAGAUCAUCGAUGAACAUAUUCAAUCUGUAGGGGAUGAACAUAAAACGUCCAAAGACUUCGUUGAUGUCAUGUUGAGCUUCAUGGGAUCCCAAGAAUCUGAAUACAGCAUUGAACGGCCUAACAUUAAAGCUAUCAUUUUGGACAUGCUUGUAGCUUCAAUGGACACUUCAGCAACAGCAAUCGAAUGGGCAAUGUCUGAACUCAUCAAACACCCUCGAAUAAUGAAGAGAGUUCAGAAGGAAAUAGAAAAAAUAGUGGGCAAGGAAAGAAUGGCGGAAGAAUCAGACUUGGAAAGCUUGGAGUAUUUGAACAUGGUAGUGAAGGAGACCUUGAGGCUACAUCCAGUGGCACCAUUGUUGCUCCCUCAUGCAUCCAUGGAAGAUUGCACGGUUGAAGGUUUCCACAUACCCAAGGAAUCACAUGUAAUUUUCAAUGCAUGGGCAAUUGGAAGAGACCCUCUUGCUUGGACUAAUCCAGAAAAGUUUUUCCCGGAAAGGUUUGAAGGGAGUAGUGUAGAUCUCCGCGGAAGGGACUUUCAGCUCAUUCCGUUCGGUUCUGGACGGCGAGGUUGCCCCGGAAUACAGUUAGGGUUAACUGUAGUUCGGCUGGUUUUGGCACAGCUUGUGCAUUGUUUCGAUUGGGAGCUUCCAAAUGGUAUGUUGCCAACUGAGUUGGACAUGACUGAAGAGUCUGGGAUAACAACUCCAAGAGCUAAGCAUCUGCUUGCUAUUCCUACUUAUCGCCUUCGUAAAUAA